AUGGCUGCCAAUCUCCGCGUUCUGAUGGGCGUCCUCGCCCUGAUCUACCUCGGCGGCAGCCUUCUUCCCUACCUGCCCCCCUCAGUCGCUCACGUCGUCGCCAUCUGCCUCGACUUGGCCAUCCUCUGCCUGGACUUCAUCUUCUGGCGCGCCGUCUUCUACCUCUGGCGCUCACUUCUCCCUGACGAUCCGAGUCCCCUCCCGCAGGUGCACCGGGCGGUAUUCCUCGUCUGGCGCCGUCGGCGUGCUCCAGCAGCUGUCCGCAAUUCGUGCAUCGCAUCCAUCCUGAACAACGCCGAGGCCGCACCUGACUUCAGGUGCGCCAUCUGCCUGGCUGACCGCCCCGCAGAGUUCGAGGCGGAACGGCCUCCUGUCGUCAUGCUCGUUUGCGGCCAUUACUUUUGCCGGGUGUGGUGA